UCUAUAAGCUCUAUUCUCAAUCCGCCAUUUUCAGCACAUUGGGAAGCAGGUAGACCAAAAACUACACCGUGCCGGUGAAAACAACAGUAUCUAUGAAAUAAGAAAGGUCUUAGGAGGCUCAAAGUUCAGUUGAAUGUUAAAUCCUUGGUUGCAGGCUGUAAUGGCUUUGCCUCAAGGAACAUAUGAAACCUUGGAUGACAUCCCAGCCCAUGUGUGGAAGGGGCUGCCAAACAGCAUGAAGCUGGGACCAUCAGCUGUCACCCCCAAUCGCAUUGGUGUCUGGGCAUCUAGAGUAAUACCUAAAGGCAAAAGGUUUGGACCGUUUGUUGGAGAACGAAAGAAGAGAUCUCAAGUGACGAGCAAUGUUUACAUGUGGGAGGUAUAUUUUCCAGCCUCGGGGUGGAUGUGUGUAGAUGCCACGGAUCCAAUGAAAGGAAACUGGUUGCGGUAUGUGAACUGGGCACGCUCUUCUCAAGAGCAAAACCUCUUUCCACUGGAGAUCAACAGAGCUAUUUACUACAAAGUGUUAAGGCCAAUCGGACCGGGCGAAGAACUUCUCGUGUGGUACAAUGGGGAAGACAAUCCUGAGAUAGCAGCUGCAUUAGAGGAAGAAAGGACUAGCAACCUGAGCAAGAAGAGUUCACCUAGAGCAAAGCGAGCAAGGAGGAAGCUGUCGGAAAAAGCCAGGCAGGCUGAUUUGGGUGGAUUCUGUGAACCGAAGAAAUCGAGUGCCGCUGAAACCUCAAUUGCAGGGAUGCGGGACUCAGAGGAAGGGAUUAAUGGUGAGGAAAGAUCCCCUUCACCUUCAGAGUUGCAACAGGAGAAUGCAGCUUCCCAGUCGUCUUAUACGGAAAAUGAAAAUCCUGUCCAGUCUCAUACAAUAGACAUGAACCAGAGGGAAGGAUUGGAUGAGGAAAAUGCAGAGGAUGAUGGACAACUUCAGCAGCUACAGUUAAAUCCGAGCCCACAGCAUCCCUCUAAGGCAGAAUCAGUUGAUGGGAAUGAAAAGUCUCACUUGAAUUUACGUUCAGGCAGCCCUGCAGAAGAAAGCUCUGAGAGUCCACUGUGUGAUACAGAGUGUAUAUCAUCUUUAGCGAAUCCUGAGUUGGAGGCAGAGGGGGAUUUCGAGGAUGACCCCCAAGGAGGAACUUACCCCUGUCAGCAUUGCGAGCGACAUUUCUCCACCAAACAAGGCCUGGAACGCCACGCUCACAUUCACACUACUUCAAACCAUCUAACUCAUACUUUUAAAUGCCGGUAUUGUGCCAAGCCCUUUGGCUCUCAGGUAGGCAGGCGCAGACAUGAACGUAGACAUGAGAAUGGGAGUAAAACUUUAAAUAGGCCCGGAUCACUUAGCGGAACAACGUUCCUCCACAGUCCCACGGCACCCAAUGAUUCUGCUACCUCUGGCAGUGCAUCCUCACCAAGCCAUUCAGUCAUUAUGAACACACAGAACAUUCCACCUCAGCAAACCUCUGACAGUUUGAAAAAAGAGCUUGGUGCUGAAUCUGAUCGACCUUUUAUAUUGAAUGAGAAUGGGGAGUCAAAAGAGCUUCAUCCUUGCAAGUACUGUAACAAGGCUUUCGGCACACACACCAACAUGCGCAGACACCAGCGCAGAAUCCAUGAGCGGCAUCUAAUGCCAAAAGGUGUUCGACGGAAAGGUAUUCUCCUGCAAGAUGGCUCCUCCCAUCAGCAGCAGCAUGAACAAGGGCAGCCUGUUUCGCUCCAGGAAGAGUCUCCAAGGGCCAGUCCACCACCAAUUUAUGUGCCCAGUGUGGAGUCUGAGGAUGAGGGGGAUAGAGAGGAUUGUAUGGUUGAUAUCUCUAACAACAUUUCGGAAAAUCUCAGCCAUUACAUUGAUGGAAAGAUCCCAUCUACAAGCACAGUGAGCAACUGUGAGUUCAUUGAGGUUGAUUCAAGCACUGCAGCAUUGUUUGGCCUUGAUGCACUCAUUCUAAGUCCCAAACAAACACUGACUUGUCCAGUGAAAGAAGUUUCAUGUGUAGCUCAGACAGCUUCUAAAAGACGAACUACUACACCACCACUGCUGCCUGCUGUGAAAAUGGAAACAGAAACGGCAUCCUCCUCUUCCUCCCUGUCCUCCCCUUCCUCUCAGUCCUCUUUGUUGGUAGGAAACAUUUUCUCCCAGUCAACUGAAACGUUAGCUGGUCAGAAGGAGAAAACUGUUUAUCUCUCUCCAAAACUCAAACAAUUACUACAGGCCCCGGAUGGUCAGAAACCAGCCAUAGGUCUAAUUACAGAUGGCCAUAGAUUGACCACCCCGCUUUCCGUAACUUCACUUCCUGCUGUCCAAGGAAAGUUUAAAAGAAGAACUGCCUCCCCUCCCACAACUUCACAGAGUAGCCCGCCACAAAUAAAUGACAGCAUAAGCUCUGCAACUGGGGUUUCAUGCUCUCUGAAGGUGCCAAAGAUUGAAAGCCAUUGCAUGACACAUUCCUGGAGUUUGUCCAGCAAAGAUCAUGGGGAUGCUGUAAGCCUAACAGGAAAAGACUGGUCUCCUUCAAGAAGCGGGGGGAAUUCUUGCAAUCAGCAACCGCUUGACCUUUCGAAUUCCUUCAGUAAAAAAGACAAUAGUGUAAGCAAAGGCUCUGGAGAGGCUGUGCUUGACUUAAGUAUGAACCGUAAAAGUCCUGUCGACCAUGAAGUAAAGACGAGCUCAGCCACACUAACGCCACAUGUAAAAAGAAAGAAACCCAAUACCAGCAUUUUAGAGAAAGUCUUAAUGAACGAGUAUGCUGGCCUAAACUCACCUGGAGAUGAAGGAUCCAAUACUCUUGGAAGCCCUGACGUUCUUUCGUCCUCUGAGAGUGCCACAUGUGUUGGCCCCUCCAGUCCCGGAUCAGGAUCAGAGCGCCUUCCUUGUGAAUCAGCCUCUCCUCCUUCUCUGACCCCUAUAACUAUUAAUCCAUCCUCUCCGUCUUCAUCUAGUAUAGCAUCAUCUACACCCCCUCCUCCAGUCUUACCAACUAUUCCAUCACCUCCACCUUUAUCAUCACCUCAUCUUCAGAUGUCAGAUGCCUCAUCACCUGCCCCUUUUCCUGUAUUGUCCCCUAAAAUGUCCCCCAAGGCAGAUAAUAGUUUAGAGGAAGUGUCGGAUUCAUCUGCUUUAACAGAAUUAUGCCAUGAUAGAUUAAAUUCCAUUGUUAAUGAAUCAGACCAAACUGCUGAGCAGUUAGACCCUGCGAUUUCUCCACUGCCUCAGGAUGAAAAAAGACAUUGUACAGCAGAUUCAUCUCCAAAGUCAGAAUCACUACUUGAGGGCUCAAACCAUGAUUCUAAGCCUCAGUUUUUAAGAAAUGCAGAUCAAGCAGGUUCUUCUCACCUAAAGUGGGAUACUGCUUCUGAAACCAGCCAAAGCCAUUCCUGUGAAGGAACUCUCCCUCAAGACCUCAAUAAUAAAACAGAAGGCAGACACAAAUCAAAGUCUUUGCUUUCUACAGUACAAUCAACUCCUAAAAAGGAGUCAUCACCGAAGAAUGAUUCUCCACAAAAGAGUUCAGAAGUUGAUAAGUUGGUUGUAGAGGAUAUAAUGAAAAAAGAGGGGGCGGUUAAUAUAACCACAAAUGGGAGCAACACUUCACCUGGAACUCCACCCAGAAAUUUUGAUGAGUUUGAGACACCAGAGCGGGAGACUUUUGUCAAGAAUUUUGUAUGUAACGUCUGCAAAGAGCCAUUUCGCUCCAUCAAAGACCUAAGUGGCCAUAUAAUCGAGCAUGCGUCAGAGUGGCCUUUUAAGUGCGAGUUUUGCGUGCAGUUAUUUGGUAAUGCCACUGCGCUGCUUGAGCACCGCUCCUCUUUCCAUGGGGUAGGAAGAAUUUAUAUUUGCUCCAUUUGCUCAAAGGAGUUUGCCUUCCUCUGCAAUCUCCAGCAACAUCAAAGUGACCUACAUCCAAGUCAGAGUUGCACUCACACUGCCGUUGAAAACGGGAAGCUCAGACCUCAGAAUUAUACUGAUCCUGCAUACGUAAAUGUGGAGAAAGACGCUGUUCUUGUCUCUAUUGCUGGAGCAACCUCUGAGGAUUCUUCUGAGGAGUGCAACGGUGACACUAAAAAGGUGGAAGAUGAGGAAAAUGGCCAUGAGGACCCUACAGAAGAACUAUACACUACAAUAAAGAUUAUGGCCUCUGAGGCUGGUAAACCAAAAGGUCCAGAUGUACGACUUGGCAUUAAUCAACACUACCCCAGCUUUAAGCCUCCACCCUUCCCGUACCACAACCGAACACCUGAUAGCUCGAUUGCCUCCGCCACUAAUUUCACCACACACAACAUCCCCCAAACAUUUAGCACUGCGAUCCGGUGUACCAAAUGUGGAAACAGCUUUGACAACAUGCCUGAGCUACAUAAACACAUAUUAGUUUGUGCUAAUGCUAGUGAUAAGAGACGCUACACCCCUAAGAAGAAUCCCAUUCCUCUUAAACAGGUUGUGAAACAGUCUCCGAAUGGUCUUCUUACCACCACAGGAGAGUCUGCUGGGCAGAAUGCUUUCCGCAGAAUGGGUCAGCCAAAACGGCUCCACUUUAACCAAGAUAUAACCUCCAAAGCAAAGUUAUCAGCCCUAAAUAAGAAGAAAAACCAGCUAGUCCAGAAAGCCAUAUCUCAGAAGAACAAGUCUGCUGCCUCUGUAAAGAAACCAACACCCCGGGUAAAGGAAGAGGAGACCCAUAAGCUCCAUGCAUGCCCAUACUGUAGUAGAGAGUUCACAUACCCAGCCAGCCUCAAUAAGCACAUCGCUUGCAGCUGUCCACAAAGACCUGUUGCCAAAAAGUCGAAAAAAGGCGCUCUGACACCUCAAGACAAAAACAGGAGUCUCCGAAGUCGAGCCACUGAUCCUGAAGUCAAACAAGAACCAGGUUCUGAACCAAGUGCAAAGCCCUUGGGGAAAACCAGAGCCCGGAGCUCUGAGCCAGUUGAGAGUGAAGUUCCACCAGGAAGUAAAGGAAAAGCACCUCCGGUACGUACAAAGAGGCUCUCCAUGCAUGCAGACAACACAGCACCACAAACUAAGAAAGUGAAAAAGAGCUAUGAGCCACUGACUUCAAUAACUCCUGCACUUAGUGAUGACUCUUCAACACGACCACAGUCUAAAAUGCAACGAUCUAAAGAGGUUAUUGUCAAAAAGGAGGCUGUUGUGAAAAUGACACCGUCUAAGAAGGAAGAACGUUUUUCGACAAGGUCGCGGGAGAGAAAAGGUGGGCCAGUGACACGCAGUAUACAGAUGGCUAGUGCUUCAGCUCCUUUGGAAGUGAAGACUGAAGACCUCUCAAACCAUGAAGCAGGACAGUCUGAGGAGUCUCUAUUAAAGCUAGCCAGGUAGAACGCCAGUCUCCAAAGGAUUGCUUUAGUCAAUGACUGGAAGGGGAACUUCUUUCAACUAAAUUGGAUUAACUUGAUCCCAGCCUGAAUGUUCAGGGAGACCAGGAGUUAUCUCCCUGCUCAUGUUUUGCGUUGGCUCAUUGGCAGUUUCUUCUCAGUGCACUUUUAUAAAUAAGCCUUUAACCCUCUUAUCCCAAAAUGGACUAAAGAAUAUGAUAAAUAAAUCUCUAUUAAGAAUAAUAUUACUUGAUUUAUAAAUGUUGACCUUCUGGUUUUGCUAAGGUAUUGCAAGAGGCAAUCAUUCAACAGUUUCUCGUUCUUAGACUAAUUCAGCCCAUUUAAUCUGUAAGGUUUUUGGAUCCAGUGGUCUCCCAAUGCAUGUGCUUCUGUAUACAGUAUGAUUGGACUCUCCUCUCUUCAUGACCUGCUCCUCUUUUACAGAGAAAAAUUAUUUGAAGAGUAUAUAUGUAUAUUUAAGUAAAUGUAAUCCUUCACAGGGAAUGUUUAUCAUCUGAGAGGCUUCUUUGUUUUUACUUUGUUGUUGAUGUUUUGUUUAUUUUGACAUUAUAAAUUAAUUGAGCUGUUUGAUACAGUCAGAGUGAGCAGGAGAAAAAAGUUUGCUGGAUGUAAAAGGUAUUCGACCUUCACCUAAACCAGCCAAAACCGUUAGCCAUUUUUUCUUCUUUUCUUUUAUCUGUACCUUUUGUAAUCUACCGAAUCUACAGCAGGGCUGCUGGCCAUUAAAAUUACACUAAAACUACAACUGGGAAUUACGAACUCUGUUCUGCACUUGCAUGAAAAUAAAUGAAUAGUGCCAUUAUUACAACCCAAAUUAUGUAAUUGUUACUUGCAUUUAGUGAUCUGGUCAGUCAGGUUACUUGUAUCUGAAGAAAAGCACUUUAUUUAGGCUAAUUUGCCUUUUAUUGAUAUCUCAAAGUUUGAGGUGGUUUUACAAUAUGUGGUAACACCUGCUUAAACUGUAUAAAAACAGCAUUAAUUUUCACUGGUGUAUUAUAAGCACGUUAGUCGUCGCCUGCGGCAACCUCAGAAAUUUGCUUCCAGUCUAAUAAGACCCAGUUAAUGUCGCAUUAUUAGUGUAAUUAGCCGUUUUUGCCAUGAUGCCACCACAAACACUCAGUUUCUUUGGUAACCCAGCAUUACACAAACCUUUUUAUCGUUUCUCAUUUUUAUAAAAUGGAUAAGGCCUCUUCUUUAAUAGAACACCAACUGGACUUAAUAAUCCUUAGUGUUCUACCUCCUGGCAAGCCUUGAACUGAUGCGUUUUCUGCCUUUGGACAGUGUAAUCCCUCUCACUCCUAAGCCUGUCUCUGCCGUGUCAUUUCCACUUUACAACCUGGACAAUGAGGACAGGGAU